AUGGCGACUCUUCAUAAAUUCAAGCUUUUAGCAACGCAGUGCGCCGUUGCUGGAAGCCCAGGUAGUAGUCCUAUAACCAGUCCCGUUCUCCAUCUCCGCCGUCGCAAAACCUUUCGCAUGCUCCUCAACCGCUCUUCUGCCACCGGUCGUCGUCGUUUUCACCGAGAUCACGAAGACAGAGACAUCGUUCUUCCUCCUCAACCUCCGGUGCCGUCAACUACCUCCAACUCCGACGGCAAGAAAAAAUCCAACGAGAAAAAAAGCAGGAGAAAAUUAAAGGAACUCUUCGUGGCGUCGCCGCCGUUUGAAGCGAGAGAGAGUAACAAUAAAAGCUGUGAAGAAGAAAUCGAAGAUCCGUCACUGGUUACCGUUAGUUCUGGUGAAGAGCCUUCAAGUCGGGGCUCUGGUUCCCUCAGAACCGUAACUGCGUCGUUCCGGUAUAGAUUAUUAAGGAGGGCUUGGCGACCGAUGCUGGUUACUAUUCCAGAGUGA